AUGCUGGCAACCACGCCCCCAAAACCCAGCUGUGGUGCUAAUAUGGAGAAUACUGGGGUGUUUGAUAUUGUUAUCAAUGGGCAGCAGAUGUGCGGCCUGACCUUCUCAGAAGGUCCAGAUAUGUGGCGUCAUGUCCGCCAACCCACAAGCCAUGAAAUAGCCGUAGGGUUACCCUACGAGCUAGAUGCCGAGAAAUUGUGUUUCACUGAAUAUCGUCUUGACACCACUGGCUACGCUUGCGAUCUCUCUCGCCCGGAUAGCGAUCUCUCUCGCCCGAAUAGCCAAGAUAGUGGCGGCCCGCAAAAGCCGCUGCCGUUUUUCAGAAAGCAAUGA